CCUAUUUUUCUUUAAUUUGAUUAUUCCACUUUGGUGCUUAGAAAUGGGUUUAAGAAAUAUAGAACAUUUUCCUAACAAACCUAGAUUAUGAUGGCCGUAUUUAUCAUCACAUUUCUUUCUUGUGAAAGUUAGGAGAUUAACAAUGCAAAAAGAAAUAAAAAGAAAAAAGGGUCACAUUAUUAUAACAAAGCAUUAGGUGUGACAUCUUAACCCAAGUCAUCCCCAUGCAAUGGACGGAACAUUUUGCAUUUCAUCGGAAGUAAGUCGACCAAGUGGGCCACCAAACCCUACCUACUCCAACCCCCUUCAUACCAUUAUGUAACUGAAUUCCCACUCUUUAGAAUUAUAUCAUCACAAAAGGCUUCUUCUUCUCUCUCUCUCUCUCUCUCUCUCUCACACACACACAUUGUAGCUAGCUCAUCGAGAAUGGCCAGAACUGUGGGUUUAAUCCUCGUUUUUGCCAUGGUCAUGAUGCCAAGCUGCUUAGCCACUGUGUACACCGUUGGAGACUCCUCUGGGUGGGAUACUGGUGUGGAUUAUAGCACUUGGACUAGUGGCAAGACCUUUGAAGUUGGUGACAGCCUGGUGUUCAAGUAUCAAAGUCAGCACACGGUGGAAGAAGUGACUGACAGUGACUACAAAACUUGCACUCUGCAAAAUUCAAUUAAAAGUCAUCGUGGCGGAACCACCACCAUCCCCCUCAAGACUGCCGGGACUCAUAACUACAUUUGUAGCUCGGUUGGGCAUUGUUCGAUGGGGAUGAAGCUUUCUGUGACUGUAGAGUCAGGAUCAACCGCAGCACCAUCCGGUGGUUCCGACAGUAACUCUACAGUUACCACCCCUGCAAGUACCACCAAACCCUCAUCAACUGGUAAUGGGAGUAGCCACUCUAGCUCUCUUGUUGUGACUUUGUGGAGUGUGAUUAGUUUGGUUGGUUUUUGUAUGUUCCUUCUAAUUUAAGUUUGGCAGCUGAUGAGAUGAUAUCACUCCAAGUGCCAGGAUAGAGGCAGUGCUAGUUUAUUUCUUCUUGUGUUAAAUUUUAAGUACUCUUGAGUUUCUGGGGUCCAUGAUACAUUAUUUGUGUAGCAUGAUUGAGGUUCAUAUAUAUUAUGCACUUUGCUUUUGAA